GUGGAAAGAGAAGCGCCUAGACACGAAAGCGGAGAGAGACGCGCGUUAUUUGGCGGACGCCGAAACUCCGCCGAUUUGCCGGGCAGAGGAUUUCAUUUCUCUCCAUUUGUUGUUUUUGAUUAACGUCGCGAUGCCGGGGCAGGGAGCUCGCUAAAGCUGGGCUUGAGAAAAAGCCUCGCUCCGCUCUCUCUUCUCGCUCCUGGAUCGGCCCCCGGGGAUUUACCUGGCCGCGUCGGUGACGAGGAUGAUCCCACAACGCAGCGAAGUCGCUUGGAGUCCGGCAGGCAAGGACAAGGAAUCCUUUGAAGUGCUGUACAAGCGAGGCAAUUUGCUUGGCAAAGGUGGCUUUGGAACAGUGUAUGCUGGGCACCGAGUUACCGAUGGACUGCAGGUUGCAAUCAAACACAUUGCCAAGAGCAAGAUUACCGAGCGGGCUGAAUUGCCCAAUGGAACUGUGGCUCCUCUGGAAGUAACCCUGAUGAAACUUGUCGGGUCAGGAUCUGGGCACCGUGGUGUGAUUCGCCUCUUGGACUGGUACGAAACUCCCGAUAGCUGCUUCCUGAUCCUGGAGCGCCUUGAGCAUUGCCAAGAUCUCUUUGAUUAUGUCACAGAGCAGGGACCACUCUCCGAGAACCUUUGCAGACACUUUUUCCAGCAAGUGGUCGAAGCAGUAUGCCACUGCCAUGCCCAAGGGGUGGUCCAUCGGGACAUCAAAGAUGAGAACAUUCUGGUGGAUGUGCGCUCCGGCAACCUCAAGCUCAUCGACUUCGGGUCUGCAGCCUUGUUGAGGGAGUCAGUCUACACGGAUUUUGAUGGUACCCGGGUGUACAGUCCACCAGAGUGGGUGGAAUUCCAGCAGUACCAUGCUCUCCCAGCCACUGUUUGGUCCUUGGGAAUCCUGCUGUAUGACAUGGCAUGUGGGGAUAUCCCAUUUGAACGAGAUGAGGAAAUCAUGGCUGCCAAGGUGCAGUUCUGCACUCCCGUCUCUUCUGACCUCAAAGACCUCGUCCAGUGGUGUUUGUCUCCAGAGCCUUCCGAACGACCCACAUUAGAGCAAGUGCUUUUGCACCCUUGGCUAAAACGCGACCCCCAUCUUCAUCUUGAAGAAAUCCAGGGCUCAACAACACCCAGGGCUACCGUCUGCAACAGCAGUGGUUGAAGGACCUUGUUUCCUGGCCGUGCCUUUCCCCUCUAAGAUGGGGCAGUGGUCCAAGUGGUAGCCACUGGAUCUCAAGCAACCGGAUUCAGUGACUGGUUGAGGAAAUGUAACCUGGUUUUACAGGCUAGUUUUUCUUUCUUUUUUUUUAAGAAACUGAAUCAUGAGAGGGAACUUGAGCUGGGAGAAGCACAUUCAUUCAUUGACUCAAGCUUAAUCUCCUCUCAGUUAUCUAGAAGAUGUUUCACUUCUGGCUUUGACCAGGAAAAGGACAUCUCAAUAGGUGUAAAUACUUGAGUAUUAUUAUUUACAAGGACUCCUGCGUAUUUUUGGAGAAGAGAAUUCUCAGGUGGGUUUCUGUUACCCAUCCUUCCCAAACUCUUUUCAAGGCUUCUGGCCAAAGGAGAACUGGGAUGGGGUGGAGGAGGUGAUGUCUGGUUUACAUGUUUGGGUGCAUAAUUUUGACUUAUGGAUAUAUGUGUCCUUUUUUUAAAAAAAAAAAAAGAAGUAUUUAAGGAAGACAUCAUGCAAAGACCUUAAUGUCAAAAUCUGAGUGGAAGUGUAUUUAAUAAAAUAGAAUUGAAUCCUU